AUGGGCCUGCGUUUUGGUAUUGCUCAAGCUCAAGGACUUGGCAAAGCAUUGAAAAAAAUUGAUCCAUCUAGAAAAGGAAAAGAACAUCUGAGAAAUAGCCUCAUGUACAAUAUUUUGAGUGCUAGUUUACAAGAAAAGGUGGAUGAAAUUUUAAGUAAUUUAGAAAAAACAAGUGAAUCGAGUAUUGAUACUUCAUUAAAUGUUAAUUAUUCAUUGGUCCCAGAGGAGAUUUGGAAUAGUACACCUUUUGAUACAAAUUAUGCAGAAUUUGACACACAAAUAUCUACUAAAUCAUCCAUAUCUCAGAACCUAAAGAAAAAACAAAAAAGGUCACAACCACAAACUGAAGAUAAUGAUAAAAUAAUAUUCAUCAAUGAUGAUCAACUAUCAACAAGUGAAAAAUCAUUACAACUAAAACAGAGUGAAAUUGAACUUGAAGGGCAUCAUAUAAGCUUAGAAGAAAGAAAAUUGAAGAUCAAAGAGUACGAAUUAGAUCUUAAAAUGAAAGAACUCAAAUAUAAAAAGAAAUUAAACAAACUAGAGUUGGCUCCAGGAAAUGAUAAAUGA